AUGACCUACCAGGCCGACGAGCACGACUACUUCUACGCGCAGCUCGAUGGGCUGAAGCUGAGCCAUAUGAUUCUGGACCAUCCGCUCCAGGCCUGCACUGCGAAGCUGGUUUCUUCUCCAGUAGAGAGCUGCAACGUGCGCACCAAUCUGAACUACGGCAUCGACGGAGCCAGGCUGCGGUUCGAGAACAAGGUGCUGAGGUCGGCGAACUAUGAGGUUGUGAUCUAUGCAGCUGGUCCCUUGGCUUUCCUCUCCAGCAAGUGCCUUGCUGAAGCUGAUCAAGAUUACGUUCAUGGUUGA